AAUCAGAUGGACAAAUAGAGAGAAAGGAGAGGUGCGGUGGAGUAGCGCAGGUUUGGGUUGGACUGGGCACUUCACUUUUAAACCUCUCUGAGUGAACCAAGGGAGGAAAAGUUGCAACUAGAAGCAGCAACAGAUAAUUUCAGGAAGCUGCAGAAAGAGAGACAGAGAGAGAGAGCGAGAGAGAGGGAGGGAGAGUGAUGGAAAAGUAUGUGCGGAGGAGGUAGACACCGGGGGAGGUUUCAUUCCCCACAGCUCCACUCAGUUUCUUAGGAUUUCCCUCCCUGGACACAUCUGCUGCUGCUGCUGCUGCUGCUGUCUUCUCUCCUGAGCCACACUCUUCCAUAUCUGGAGCUGAAUUUGGACAAACACUGAAGUGGACAGAAUCGGACUGGACAGCAACGUAGAAUCUAUAUUUAACUAGCCUGUUAACUGUGCCGAGAAGGUGUUUGGUGGACCUAAGGAUGACUUUUGUGAGAGAAAUUCAGCAGAAGAAAGCAGAAAAAAUGGUUUACUCAGCUGAUUUGAAACUUCAAAAGUCUUAUGAGUAAAUGAUGAAUGUUUUUUGAUUGUUCUGACAGUUCAGCCUUGUUCUAAACAGUUUUGACUUUGCAUGAAAUUCCACUUUUUGUAUCUUGACUGACAGGUGUCUUAUAAACGAUCAUCUCGUCUUGCCUAUUGUGAGCAGUUGCCCCAAAGAGCAGACGGUCAGAUUGUCUUUGGUUUGCAGAUAAGGAGUAUUUACAGUAUGUUUUUGUUUCAGAGCUGAGGUUUCAGAAACUGCUUGUGUGGUCGUCGCACAUAAUGGGGUAAUUAACUUAUAAUUGCUAAUGUUGUGUUCGCUGUUUCAUGGCAUGGAAGAUGAGAAGGCUUUGGCGUUUCAUGUUCUGUUCUCUGAUGAUUUGUAUUUCGGUAAGUCAGUUAUUUUCACCUGUAAUUUCUCCCACAUAAUGGGGCCAAAAUCAUGAAAAGGGCCAUAAAUCCUGUACUGAAUUCUUUACUUAUUCCUAAACAAAUUUUCAUCUAAAACCACAAUGUGAUUUCUGUGUAUAAUCUAUGACGUGAGGACUGAUAAAAGCUUUUUGGAUAAAGAGGGUGAGCAGUAACUUGUGUCUCUUAAUCUGAGCUUCUGAGAACGCGUGCAGGAGGCGAAGUCUGAAAAGUGACUCUAAACGUCUUGUUUAAUGCGCUAUAAUAAAUGACUCAUGACACAACCCCCAUUUUCCCUCAUGGGUCUAGAGAGGGAAGUUUUCCAUAUAUGUCAGCUUCCUCAUAUUUUCCACUUCAGCAUCAGUGUUGACAUUGGAACAGUCUUCAUCCAGCUCGUUGGCCUUGCUCUCAUGCUGUCUCCUGGGCCUGGAAACAAACCCAUGCUGUCACCCACCAGCCAGACUGAUUCCUGAUUGCCGUCUGUUGAAAACACUUGUUGACUUGCCGGAGCCCAUCUUUACGCGGGCCCGCCCAGGUUUUCUUUUGUCUUUCUCCCUCGGGCCAGGCCUUGUCGUGCAAGCUUGGCCCUGAGUGGGCUCCCCCUGUCCUGAAGUCAUGGGGAUCCACGGCAUGGAGCUGUUUGCCAUUGGCGUGGUCAUCAUCCUUUUCAUGGCAGUUCUCAAGCAGUUUGGCAUCUUGGAGCCCAUGUCCUCAUUUGAAGAUGACAGCAGCGACAGUGAUUUGGAGCUGUCGACGGUGCGCCAUCAGCCGGAGGGGCUGGACCAGCUGCAGGCUCAGACAAAGUUCACCAGGAAGGAGCUUCAGUCUCUCUAUCGAGGCUUCAAGAACGAGUGUCCCAGUGGGAUGGUUGAUGAGGAGACUUUCAAGACCAUCUAUUCUCAGUUCUUUCCCCAAGGAGAUGCAACCACCUAUGCUCACUUCCUGUUCAACGCAUUUGACAUCGACAGAAACGGUUCAAUCCGCUUUGAGGACUUCGUCAUCGGCCUGUCAGUGCUGCUCAGGGGGUCCGUCACUGAGAAGCUCAACUGGGCCUUUAACCUUUACGACAUCAAUAAAGAUGGCUACAUCACCAAAGAGGAGAUGCUGGCGAUUAUGAAGUCGAUCUAUGACAUGAUGGGCAGAUACACCUACCCCAGUGUGCGAGAUGAAGCACCCUAUGAACACGUGGACAAGUUCUUUCAGAAGAUGGAUAAAAACCGAGAUGGUGUAGUGACUAUUGAAGAGUUCAUUGAGACCUGUCAGAAGGAUGAGAACAUCAUGAACUCCAUGCAGCUGUUUGAAAAUGUCAUAUGAAGGAUCCUCUCAUUUGUUUUCCUUCAUCAUUUACUUCAUCAUUCCCACAUGCACAACUCACACCUAAACACACAUCCAUGUACUUCAAAUUCCACACCAAAAUACAACAUCCUGGCACAUAAUAUACCUGACACCGGAAAGAUACAGGAUCCAAACGUUUUUGUUUGUUUUUGGGGUUUUUUUGUAUUUCCUCGCCACAUUCCUUUCAGUGUAUCUUGCAACUGCUUCUGGAUCAGAAGGACUUUUACCGACAGAAGAAGAGCUUCCUGAGCAAGAUUCCCCAUCAUCUAACUAGCUUGUUUUAUUGUGUCCUAAAUGAAGAAACAGAAGAGCUUCUUGUGCUUUCACUCGUCAGACAAAAAGAGACAAGGAAUAAAGAAGCUUACUGUACAAUAAUCCACUGACUUGAGCGCACAACAAUACUAGCUUUAACACUAAUACACACUCUCUCUCUCACUCACACACACACACAGUUUCUCUUUUAUACACACAGACCUGUUUCCUGUUUUAGAGCACUGGAUGAAGUGAACUAAGAGCAGCACGAAAAAAAAAUCCCAGUGACACACAAAAAAGAAAUAUGAACUAAGCAUGUUUGUCAUCAAAUAUGUGAUGUGGAAUUAGCUUGCACUACUCUUUUACGACUAUGUAUUAUAUGCGCCUGCAAUAAAGGCACUGUAGAUACCUGCACCUGAUACACCGCUGGUGUAUGUAUAUAUGUAUAGUUAAUAGAUAUAUACUCUGUGUUGUACUGGUCUCAUCUGUGUUGCACUGGGUGAUGGAAUAGGACCAGAUCUAAAUAUAGGUUUUAGAAAUCUCUGUGUUAAUUAGUUUAACGUCAUCUUUAGUAGCAUUUCCCAACAGAAUUUAAUGUAUUAUUCUAAUAUUUGUCUUAUUUUCUGUUUUUGAGGAAAUAGAGCUGGUCAUAUAAGAAAUGUGAGUCAGACAAAAGUGAGUACAGAACUAUGAGGAAACAGGAGGACUGUUAUAACUGUGUGUUCCUGUGCUGAAUUAAGGCUUUGUCUUGGUUCUUCAGUAUCAACAAGCAUGCCGACUCUAAGUGCCACAGUAUUAUGUACAGUACAGUAGGACCUUUGUGAUGUCGGUAAAUUAAAGACGCUGUCGACAGCUGUGACUUUUCUUUUGCAAUGUGCCCCUUCUCUGCAUUUCCCUCUUGCA